AUGACUGAACGAUUCCUUCUUCGUCGCGCUCUUGAAACCGAUAAUGUUGCACUCUCUCAACUUAGCCAACAGACUAUUCUUGAAACGUACGUCGAAGAUUUUUCCAUUCCCUAUCGUAAGCAUGACAUCGAAUCCUAUUUUCGUUCAUCGAAGAGUCCAGAAUGGUUUGCCAGCAAAAUUGUCGAUCCACUUCAAGCAACAUGGGUGGUAGAAGAAAAGAUCAGUGAUGAACUCGUCGCUUUUGCCAUUGCUGGUCCAUGUAAAUUGUCUCAUUCUGAUGUAUGCUCGGGAGAAGAUGGUGACCUCCAGUUCUUAUAUGUUCGACGUGAUCGACGAUCUCAUGGACUUGGUCAACAACUGAUGAAUACGGCUUUAUUGUGGUUGGAAGAACGAUUUAAGGGGCGCCCUAUUUGGCUUGGUGUAUGGUCGGGCAAUUUGAAGGCACAAAAAUUUUAUAUGCACUAUGGUUUUAGUCAAGUUGGCGAUUACUAUUUUAAUGUAGGAGAAUGGAAGUUGCAUACAUUCAUUAUGCGACGAGAACAUCAUUCGCCGUAG